AUGAGUAAAUUACUUGCAAUAGCCCUCCUGCUGCUGCCUCUUAUGAAGCACACAACCUACUUGGCAAUGGCAUGGGAUGAUAAAGAUUUAUUCAAAGACUGCCCACCGUCCCAGUGCAGCCAUGGCCCAGAGAUCAGGUAUCCUUUCUGCCUUGAAUCCAUCAAUACAUCAUCAUGUGGAUGUGGUGGCAGAACAAUCAGGCAGAUAGCAUGCUCUGGCCAAGACACCAUCCUAGUCCACCCAGUUCUUGGCCAAUAUGAUGUCAGCGCCAUAGAUUACAGGCGUUCUUCCAUGAAGAUCACGCCGCUUGUAGAUCCCUGUUUGGUGCUCCAGCAGAAGCUCAUCAUCUCCAGAAGCUCAUCAUCUCCACAGGUUGAUGUUGUCAACAAUGAGAAAACAAUUCAUGAUGAUUUUUUCUUCUGGAGUUCUGCACCCCUAGUAUGCUGUUCAACAGAGUUCACACCUGGCGCUGCCGAUAACAUUGCAGGCCCAGUCUCCUGCCUUAGCAACACAACCCACUUCUUUUAUUUGGUGGAUGGUUAUGAAGACAUGUCCCUUCUUCCUUUGGAUUGCAAGGUCAUCCCAAUCUCAGAUGGCCCCGUGUAUAUGUUUUUUGAUAACCCAGUGCCUGAUGGCACUUACAGUAGAUCACAGUCCUUCAACCAAAGUGCAGAAAAUAUCCUCAGUAUUGCUGAGAGGACGGUAUACUGGGAUGAUAUCCCUUGUAGACUAUGUGAAGUUGGUGGACGCUGCGCGUUCAGCUUUGAACGGAAUAAUGCAAUCUGCAUCCCUAACUCUCAUGGUUCACAUAUCAAAGUCAUUGCAGCUACAUCAUCAGUGGCAGCAUUUGUUGCUGUUUUGUUGACGGUAGCCACUGUGCUUUAUCUUUCACUCAAGACAAGAUACAACGGGGAGAUACAUUUGAAGGUCGAAAUGUUUCUCAAGACAUAUGGCACAUUAAAACCCACGAGGUACACAUUCUCUGAAGUUAAGAAGAUAGCAAGGCGGUUCAAGGAAAAAGUAGGGCAGGGAGGAUUUGGAAGUGUAUACAAAGGCGAGCUACCAAAUGGAGUGCCUGUAGCAGUCAAGAUGCUAGAGAACUCUACAGGAGAGGGAGAAGUAUUCAUCAAUGAAGUUGCAACCAUCGGACUAAUCCACCAUGCCAAUAUUGUCCGUCUACUAGGAUUUUGUUCCGAAGGAAUGAGACGGGCUCUUAUUUAUGAAUUCAUGCCUAAUGAAUCACUGGAGAAAUACAUAUUCUCUGACGACUCUAAUAAUUUUCAGCAUCAUCUAGUACCAGACAAGCUGCUAGAUAUUGCUUUAGGCAUCGCCAAAGGAAUGGAGUACUUGCAUCAAGGGUGCAACCAGCGCAUCCUCCACUUUGACAUCAAGCCUCACAAUAUCUUACUGGACUACAACUUCAAUCCAAAGAUCUCAGACUUUGGCCUUGCAAAGUUUUGUGCAAGGGACCAAAGCAUCGUCACCUUAACAGCAGCAAGAGGCACAAUGGGCUAUAUUGCACCAGAGCUAUAUUCUCGGAACUUUGGGGGAGUAUCAUACAAGUCAGACGUGUACAGUUUCGGGAUGCUAGUGUUAUAAAUGGUGAGCGGAAGGAGGAAUGCAGACCCAAGCAUUGAGAGUCAGAACGACGUUUACCUCCCAGAGUGGAUCUACGAGAAAGUGAUCAAUGGGGAGGAGUUGGCUCUUACUUUGGAAAUGACUCAAGGAGAGAAAGAGAAGGUGAGCCAGCUGGCUAUGGUGGCACUGUGGUGUAUCCAAUGGAACCCAAGAAACCGGCCAUCUAUGACAAAGGUCGUUAACAUGUUAACAGGGAGGUUUCAGAAUCUGCAGAUGCCACCGAAGCCUUUUGUCUAAUCUGAGAAUGAACCUAUGCCGUAAAUCAA